AUGUCGGAGCAAGGCCCUCACAAGGUCGAUGCGACAACGACCUCGGCGAGCUCAGAGCCAACUGCCUCGUCGAACAUUCUGGUUCGACUAUGGAGUUCCCUCAGCCGUCGACUUGGAUUCAGAAGGCCCCUAAGCUUUUUCUUCUUUUUUAUCCUGGGCGGCGCACUGAUGGGGUUCUCGCUCGCUAAUUUCAGAUCCUUAGCCCCCCACAGAUACUACAAUGGUGCCUUUGCGCCAGGAGAGCUCUAUUGGUUCCGUGGAGGUUCGAGGAAGGUUGGCAUGUUGCUUCAUCUAGGGACCAUCUUGCCGUGCGGCGUUCUUUCGGUCCUGCAAUUUGUCCCUGGGAUUAGAAAGAAAUACCUCCUGUUCCAUCGGAUCAACGGAUACACCGUCUUGACACUCAUACUGCUUGGAGUUAUCGGUGGCUUGAUGAUGUCUCGCCACGCAUUUGGUGGUGACGUCUCCUCUGCGGGAGGAAUUUAUGCCCUCGCGUUGGUCACCUUGUUUUCAGCAGGUAUGGGUUACUACAAUAUCAAGCGCCUCCAGAUAGAACAGCACCGCAAGUGGAUGCUGCGGUCAGUUGUCUACAUGUCGUCCAUCGUAACGAUGAGAAUCAUUAUGAUCAUCUCGGCGCUCAUCGUGACUGCCAUUGGCGGCUUCUUCAUGCCAUGGAACUGCGAAGAACUGCUUUAUACUUUCAAGGGUAACACGACCCAACUUGCACAUGCGGGUUAUUCCCAGUGUACAGAUGGGUCGACCUCUCGCUCCGUCCUUGUUCCCGCCAACAUGAAGGAUGAUCCUCAAGGAGUGGCCUCUGCUCUUCGAAGUGGUUUCGGCAACUCCGCCUGGGCAGCUCUGCUCAUUCACAUCUUCCUCUUGGAGGUCUACUUGAACCUGACUCCGAACGAAACUGAACGCCUGCGAGCGAUCUCGUAUCAGAAGCAGCUCGAAGCUGGAGCAAGGCAUCCGGGGAGCGCCGGAAUCACGAGUGACCGCUGGGAUGUCCCAAGUCUGCACGAUCCAGCCUCGGAGCUUCCAUUAGAAAUCGUAUCGGAAAUUUUCCAGUUUGCUAUCGACACGAAUGUCCCAAGAAAGGAGAAGAAUUCGCAAAUUCGAGCCCUACUGAUGCUCUCGCACGUCUCUUCUCACUGGCGGUACAUCGUCAAUCACAGCACCUCUUUGUGGCCCGACAUCACUUUUUCUAUUCUUAGUAGCGGUGGCCUCAUUGCUCACAUCUGUGAAGAUGUGAUUCCACGGCUCCAGGGUGCUGCCAUCACCCUCCGGCUUGACGAUGUGGGAUUCACAGGAGGCAAAUGGGAUAAGUAUCACCCUGGGAAGCAUCCUAUUCACUCUAUCAAAGUUCAUCCGACGACAAACCUAAGCGCUUUGUCCAUCCACCUCCUUAACGACUGUGAUAUUACUCACAGUGAAGUGCUCGCAUUUUUCGAGAAUCUGGGAAGCAAACCAGGGUCACUCAAGCUUGAUGGUGGAGAUAUCAAUACGUAUACCCAGGCUCGACAUCCGCACACGACCUGGAAGUGCUCAUAA